AUGCUCAAUGGGGAGAAAAGAAAGAAGGCAAAAAGUUUCCAAAAAGAUAAACCAAGAAAGACUCCUAAAUCAACCUUUGGUUCAUGCUUUCCCACACCAAGUCUCAAUAUAAACCAGCUUAGGAGAAAAAAUUGAAGGACUUCUCCUCAUGAGAUGGGCAUAUCAAACUGCCCAAUACAAGAUAUAAAUUUGUGCUUUGAUCAAACUCCAACUUUCAUCGAAUGGCUCAAGCCAUUACCCUGUCAAUCUUCAUCUUCUUCUUCAUCAUCCAUCACACACCAAGUUAUUGAUCAAUUCAAUAAUCCCAUGAGUUUCUUGAAAUAUCCUACGUAUUAUCAACAGCAACCCCCAAAAGAAGAAUACAAUAUAUACGAAACUAUCAAAUGCUUGCCUCUUCUUAGCAGAUUCAAAGAGGAAAAAAAAUUGGAAAACGAAGAAGAAGAUGAUGAUGAUGGCGCAAAAAAGGAGGAAAAGAUGGAAAAAGUGACUGUGGCUCUUCACAUAGGGUUGCCUAAUGUGGGAGCUUUCGAUCCUGAAACUAAACCCUACAAAUUUAAAGAAGAAUAUGAAAAGAAGACCCCUAAUGUUUGCAGUUUUAACAGUAGUGAUCAGAGGAGAUUUUGGAUCCCAACACCAGCACAGAUUCUUGUUGGACCCAUGCAGUUUUCUUGUAAUGUAUGCAACAAGACCUUCAAUAGGUACAACAACAUGCAGAUGCACAUGUGGGGGCAUGGUUCUGAAUAUAGGAAAGGACCAGAAUCUCUGAGAGGAACACAACCAGCAGCAAUGCUGAGGCUUCCCUGCUAUUGUUGUUCUCAAGGCUGCAAGAACAACAUCAAUCAUCCACGUGCUAAGCCGUUGAAGGACUUUAGAACACUUCAGAGUCACUACAAAAGAAAGCAUGGAACCAAGCCAUUUAUGUGCAGAAAAUGUGCAAAAUCUUUUGCUGUCAAAGGAGAUUGGAGGACACACGAGAAGAACUGUGGAAAACUAUGGUACUGUACCUGUGGCUCUGAUUUUAAACACAAAAGAUCACUCAAGGAUCAUAUUAGAUCUUUCGGGAAGGGUCACUCUCCAUAUCCUUCUCUUGAAGGGUUUGAAGAUGAAAAAGAAUGUGUUACAGGCGGCUCUGAAGAUGAAAAUGCAUGAGAUUGAUAUUUUAACGUGUCUAUGUUGUGUCGUGUCCGUUUUCUACAUUUUGAUAUUAUGAAGAUUAUAGUAGACAUUAUCUGUGUGAGUUACAGAAUUCGCCCAAGCCUGGUGCUCAGUAACAAACAAUUCUCUAUCCUGUAGUUGCAGGAAGUGUGUAGGGAUGGUUUGAUGUGGAGCACUGGUUUUUUAUUUGUAUUUGGAAUAAGGAGAUUAUGUUGAAGUCAUGAAGCGGAUGAAUUUUCUUCUAUGUUGCUCAUCAAGGCGUAGAAAAUUUGUCGGCUUCAUUGCUGUCUUUUGAUCUCAACGUGUCGAGUGUACCAUGUUUUUAUCAUUAAUGUAACAUUGAGGUUUUUUUU